AUGUUAAUCAAGGAUCAGAUUCCCACCCUUAUUAGAACCUCUGCUAAGAGAUAUCUACAGACGGUGCCAGUAACGCCGGUGUCGAAGAUCUCGCCAUCGGUGUUUGGAUCUCUCCCAUCUUCUUCAGCAUCGGCUUCUGCUAACCAGGGUCAGCAAACAGCUAAUUCCGGCAAGACAUGGGCCAGUCACAGCUUUGGUGAAGCCACCAGUAAGAGCUUACUACGAGCUGCUAAACCUUUCUCAAAAGCAUCAAAGCCAUUUGCAAGACCCGUACAACCACAGGCCCCAGUCAGCCGACCGGCAGCCCCAGCUGUGAAUGCUACAGCCAGCACUGCCUCUACUUCAACGAAUUCAACGACAUCCACUACAGCAUCUACUAUUAUUCCAAACACUAAAAACACCACCGAUUUGAGUACUCAUAUUCCCGUUUCCACCACCAACACCACUGCAUCUACAAGUCCAGCUGUCAAGCCAAGAAGAAAGCUAAGACCCAGAAAGGCUGCUAUUAAGCUAACGGCGUCAGCUGUAGAACAUCUCAAUGCAUUACUAGACUCGCCCGAUCCUAAGCUGAUUAGAAUUGGCGUUCGUAAUAGAGGAUGUUCGGGUCUUACAUACCACUUGGAAUAUGUAUCAGAGCCAGGCAAGUUUGACGAGGAAAUCAUUCAAGACGGUGUUAAAGUGUUGAUCGAUUCCAAGGCUCUAUUUAGUAUUAUUGGAUCGGAAAUGGACUGGGUCGACGAUAAACUGGCGAGCAGAUUUGUCUUCCACAAUCCUAAUUCCAAGGGCGAGUGUGGAUGCGGAGAAUCUUUCAUGGUCUAA